CCGUGUCCCGCGCAUCCUCCAUCCCUCCCGCAUCCCGGCGCCAUGGCCGCCAGCCCGGCCUACGGGGACGAGAAGGGGGGAUCGUCCAGCCUCGGGGAGCCCGAGUACGGCCACGACCCGGCCAGCGGCGGCAUCUUCUCUUCAAUGAUGUUAAGGCACGAUGACCUCAAGGAGAUGCUUGACAGCAACAAGGAUUCACUCAAGCUGGAAGCCAUGAAGAGGAUCGUGGCGAUGAUCGCCCGGGGGAAAAACGCCUCCGACCUCUUCCCAGCCGUGGUGAAAAACGUGGCCUGCAAGAACAUCGAGGUGAAGAAGCUGGUGUAUGUCUACCUGGUGCGCUACGCGGAGGAGCAGCAGGACCUGGCCCUGCUUUCCAUCUCCACCUUCCAGCGAGGACUCAAGGACCCCAACCAGCUGAUCCGCGCCAGCGCCCUGCGGGUCCUCUCCAGCAUCCGCGUGCCCAUCAUCGUGCCCAUCAUGAUGUUGGCCAUCAAGGAGGCCGCCUCAGACAUGUCCCCUUACGUGCGCAAGACGGCUGCCCAUGCCAUCCCCAAGCUGUACAGCCUUGACUCAGACCAGAAGGACCAGCUCAUUGAAGUGAUUGAGAAGCUGCUGGCGGACAAGACCACGCUGGUGGCCGGCAGUGUGGUGAUGGCGUUUGAGGAGGUCUGCCCAGAGCGCAUCGACCUCAUCCACAAGAACUACCGCAAGCUCUGCAACCUGCUCAUCGACGUGGAGGAGUGGGGGCAGGUGGUCAUCAUCAACAUGCUGACCCGUUACGCGCGCACCCAGUUCCUCAGCCCCAACCAGAACGAGUCUUUACUGGAGGAGAGCACUGAGAAGGCUUUCUAUGGCUCCGAGGAGGAGGACGCCAAGGACGCCAAGGCGGAGGUGGCCUCAUUGGCCAAGCGCAAGCCCUACGUCAUGGACCCCGACCACCGCCUGCUCCUGCGCAACACCAAGCCCCUGCUGCAAAGCCGCAACGCGGCGGUGGUGAUGGCUGUGGCACAGCUCUACUUCCACCUGGCACCCAAGGCAGAGGUUGGUGUCAUUGCCAAGGCGCUGGUGCGGCUUCUGCGGAGUCACAGUGAGGUACAGUACGUGGUGCUGCAGAAUGUGGCCACCAUGUCCAUCAAACGGCGGGGGAUGUUUGAGCCCUACCUGAAGAGUUUCUACAUCCGCUCCACAGAUCCCACACAGAUCAAGAUUCUCAAGCUGGAGGUUCUCACCAACCUGGCCAAUGAGACCAACAUCUCCACCAUCCUGCGGGAGUUCCAGACCUACAUCCGCAGCAUGGACAAGGACUUUGUGGCAGGCACGCGCUGUGCCACCAACAUCGGAAAGGUGCGGGACACCUGCCUCAACGGCCUGGUCCAGCUUCUCUCCAACCGGGAUGAGCUGGUGGUGGCUGAAUCAGUGGUAGUCAUCAAAAAGCUGCUGCAGAUGCAGCCAGCCCAGCAUAGUGAGAUCAUCAAGCACAUGGCCAAGCUCACGGACAACAUCCAGGUGCCCAUGGCAAGGGCCAGCAUCUUAUGGCUGAUCGGCGAGUACUGCGAGCACGUGCCCAAGAUCGCGCCUGACGUGCUACGCAAGAUGGCCAAGUCCUUCACCAACGAAGAGGACAUCGUCAAGCUGCAGGUCAUCAACCUGGCAGCUAAGCUCUACCUGACCAACUCCAAGCAGAGCAAGCUGCUGACCCAGUACGUCCUCAACUUGGCCAAGUACGACCAGAACUACGACAUCCGCGACCGAGCCCGCUUCAUCCGCCAGCUCAUCGUGCCCACUGAGAAGAGCGGGGCCCUCAACAAGUAUGCCAAGAAGCUCUUCCUGGCCCAAAAACCAGCUCCUAUCUUGGAGUCCUCCUUCAAAGAUCGGGACCAUUUCCAACUGGGCUCUCUGUCCCAUCUGCUCAAUGCCAAGGCUGUGGGCUAUCAGGAGCUGCCCGACUGGCCAGAUGAGGCUCCCGACCCCUCUGUGAGGAACGUGGAGGUUCCUGAGUGGACCAAGUGCACCAGCCGGGAGAAGAGGAAGGAGAAGGUGGAGAAGCCUUUCUACUCUGACUCAGAGGGAGAGUCGGGGCCCACGGAGUCAGCAGACAGUGAGCCCGAGUCCUCCAGCGAGGAGAGCAGCAGCAGCAGCAGCUCCGGCAGCUCCAGCUCCAGCAGUGAAGAGGAGGAGGAGGAGGAAGGCAGUGGGGACCAGUCAGAGGAAAAGGAAGAGGAGGAGAAGAGGACGAAGAGGAAGGAGAAGGAAGGAUCCCGGAAGGUGGCCUCGGGAAGUGUGGCCAGUGAGGAGGAGGAGGGGGCAAGGAAGGCCAAGAAGAAGGUGUCACAGGGGAAGAAGAGCCACACUGAGACCUCAUCAGAGGAGGCCAGUGCCUCUGAGAGCAGCUCCUCGGGCUCUGACUCAGGCUCUGAAGGAGAUGCCAAGCAGAAGAAGGUGCCCCUCAGUAGCAGGGCCAGCCCCAAGGAGAUCUCCCUGCUCGACCUGGAUGACUUCACUCCCCCACCUCCCCAGCCUGUCCCCUCCAGCAACAUCAUCUCCACCAGCCUGGUGACUGACCUGGAGGGCCUCACGCUCACCGACACCUCCCUGGCACCCACUCUGCUGAGCCCAGCGUUCGGCACCGUGAGGACCUACGAGCUGCUGCACCGCAUGGCGGGAGAGGGGCUCUCUGUCGAGUACUGCUUCAGCCGCCGGCCCUUCCCCGGGGACCCCCACAUGGUGGCCGUGCAGAUCCAGAUCUCCAACAACACCGACGCCGAGGUGAAGAGCCUGCGGGUCAGCGAGCCCAAGCUGCUCUCUGGCAUGAGGAUCCAGGAGUUCCCCGAGAUUGAGUGCCUGGCCCCCAAUGACACAGCCAGCGUGGUGAUGGGCAUCGACUUCUGUGACUCCACUCAGGCGGCCAACUUCCAGCUGUGCACCCACACACGCCACUUCUACGUCUCCAUCCAGCCGCCCGUGGGGGAGCUCAUGGCCCCCGUCUUCAUGAGCGAGAACGAGUUCAAGAAAGAGCAGGGGAAGCUAAUGGGCAUGAGUGAGAUCAUGGAGAAGCUGACUCUGUCCGAGAAGUGCCGCAGUGACCACGCCAUCGUCCAGCAAGUGACCUCGGCCGCCAACGUGGGCCGCGUGCCCUGCGGCGCUGACAACGAGUACAGGUUUGCAGCCAAGACGGUGACGAGCGGGAGACCGGGUGGGAUAGAACAGCCACAGCUCUCCCCCUCCAAAGCUGCAGCCAGCAGGGAGCCAGAGGAUGAGCAAAGGACACACAAGAAGGCCUGA